AAGGUGGGCGGGUCUGAGUGAGGAAGGGAUUGCGGCGAUUGGAUGAGGGGCAGCCAAUGGGCGCGCUGCGCUGAGGAGUUUGAAGGAAGGCGCGCAAUGGCGGCUCUGGGGUCCGGCGGGAGCGGCGGUUCCGCGGCGGGGAUGGCGUUGGUUGCGCCGCUUCCCGUCCCCGCCGCCACUUCACGGCUCCCGGUCCGCAGAGCUGCGGCCAAGCGGGCGGCUCCCGGCCCUCAACCGGCGGCUCCCGAGCAGAAACGCGCGCGCUCCGGCAUCGCCUCGUCGCAGCCGCCCGGCCGAGCCCCGCUGCGGGCAUUGAGCGUUCCGGGGCAAGGGCCUCCGCGUAAAGCCGCGACGGUGACCGCCGCCCCGAGGGCUGGGAAAGGGAUCUGCGGGGCGGCCCCGGUCCCUACGGCGGCUCCCGUUGGAGGUGCCCAGCGUCGUCGAGCGGCGUGGGAUUUGAAGGGACAAUUGAGCGAUGUGCGGGCAGCCCUGGGGAACCAAAAGGAGAAAGCGCAGAGGUUGGAUGGGGAGAACAGAGAGUUGCGGGAGCAGCUGCGGGAGCUGCAGGAGGGGGUUGGGAACGGGGUGGGGAUGGGUUUGAGGUGUUGGUGCCAUAAUGUGAUGCUGGAAUGGGCUUCUUGCAGCACGUUGGGCACGGAGCUGGAAAAGCACCGCCAGGAAUCGGAUCUGCGGGGCCGGCAGUUGGAGGAGCUGCAGGAGGCAAGCAGGGAGCUGUCAGCACGGCUGGAGGCUGCUGAGGCUCAGCUCCACCAGACCAAGGCUGCGUUGGCUCAGAGCGACUCGGAGGUGGCGGAGCUGCGGCUGAGGGCUGAGUCUCAGGCGAGGCGGCUGCGUGAGCAGGAGGAGCUGUACGAGGCAGAGGUGGCAGAGCUGAGAGCCCAAAACCAAACCCAGUCGCAGCGCCUGCAUGAGAAGGAGGAGCAGCAGCACGUGCUGGAGAUGGAGCGGCGCCGCCUGCACAACCUGGUGCAGGAGCUCAAGGGGAACAUCCGCGUGUUUUGCCGCGUGAGGCCUCUGCUGGCUGCUGAGAAGGAGACACAGAAGGGCAUGGAGCACCUCCACUUCCCCCCGCAGGACAACAAGACGCUGGUGCUGCUCCGGGAGGAGGAGUCCCACAUCGGCCGUGAGCGCAAAGACGACCUCAAAUACGACUUCAGCUUCGACCGCGUCUUCCAGCCCAGCGCCUCCCAGGAGGAGGUCUUUGAGGAGAUCUCACUGCUGGUGCAGGUGAUGGCAGUGCCCCAAAUUCCCCCUUUCUGCCCCCCAAACACUCCUUUUUACCCCCUUUUUGCCUCCUUUCUGUUCCCAAACACUCCUUUUGACCCCCCAAGCCCCUCUUUUUACUCUCCAUUUCCCCCUUCCUUCCCUCACCCAGAUCCACCAAAUCUCAGCAUUUUCACCUCAAAACCAGCCGAGGCCGUGCUGGGAUGCAGGCAGGAUGUGACAGGACGUCACAGGGUCCCUCAUUUCCCCCCCCAGGUGCUGCAGUUGCUGCAGACAGCUGCUGCCAACCGCUCGGUGGCUCGGACAGCCCUCAACGACCAUUCCUCCCGCAGCCACAGCAUCUUCCAGCUCCGCAUCCACGGCACCAACGCUGCCCGCGAGCUGCGCUGCAGCUCCGUGCUCAGCCUGGUGGACCUGGCGGGCAGCGAACGUUUGGACAAAUCUCAGUCUCAGGGGAAGCGGCUCCGUGAGACUCAGUCCAUCAACACCAGCCUGUCCUCCUUGGGGCUGGUCAUCAUGGCCCUGGCCAAGAAGGAGCCCCACAUCCCUUAUCGUAACAGCAAGCUGACCUACCUGCUGCAGAACUCGCUGGGGGGCAACGCCAAGAUGCUGAUGUUUGUCAACAUCUCCCCCCUGGAGGAGAAUUUCUCCGAGUCCCUCAACUCCCUGCGCUUCGCCAGCAAGGUGAACGAGUGCGUGGUGGGCACAGCUCACGCCAACCGGAAGUAGCCCCCUCCGCCCGCGCCACUUCCGGUCCCCCCGCAGUCCCCACCGGUUCUAAUAAAGAAUCCCCUCCGACCGGAGCUGAUUGGCUGCGGGCGUCACGUGGGCUGAGGGGGAAAAAAUGGCGGCUCCCACAGGGGAAGCACCGUACGGCAGUAUGGCGCCCCCCCCAGCGCUGCGACUGCACUUCCGGUCUUGCGCACUGAGCCGCCUGCGGUGGGGGGGCGGACAGUUAAAUCUCUUAAAGGCGCAGGGUCCCAAAAAAA